CUAGUUGUCAGUUUGGCUUAUUGCUAGUUGGAUGUAUUUAAGCGACGUUGUUUGUCGAUGGUGCCUCCAUCACCUCUUGUUUUUCAAGAUUUAAACGUGUACAACUCGACUGGUGACUGUUUCUCAACACGUUGACACGAUGUAACGACGAAAUAUUUCUUUGGAGGAAAAUCUGAUAACUGUAGUAAAAGGAAAAAUAUGAUGUUAAGCGGAAGAAACAUAUUUCUCGCUGCUUUUGGGCUGAUUGCCGUCAGCAUAUCGGCAUAUGCAGUCUGGUCGGUGUGGAACGGCAACAACCUGACGAUCCUCGAGAUGAGAACGGAAUUUGCAAAAGAGAAAGACAGGUAUAAGACUUUCAACGGGCUUUCCACGCUUUCAAUCGCCCGGAUGAACGAGGUGAAGAUGGACAUCGCCUAUGGGCUCGGUGUGAACAAAGAAGCCGCCUUGAAGCGCAUCGACAAGUUGAAUGAAGACUUCCCGGAUGAUUACGCGCUUUGCCCAAACAAGCCGAACCAUUCGACGGUCACUGUUAUGAUAAGUGAAAUUCAAAAUUUCUACGAUGAAAUUUACAGGGUCAACGCCCUGAAUAUAACGUCCCUUUUAGCGGAAUACGCCAAGGAUUUAAAAAGAGGCGAAGAAGAGUUCGAGUCCAUGGCAGGUGACUGCAAGCCCAACAUUUUCUACUUCAACUGCAUCUUGCAGCUCAACGACCUUUUCCGUGAAGAGAUCGACGGCUUGGUCGCAUCAAGGGACAACAUUUCGGAAAUCAUCCAUAAUCUCAACGAUCUUUUGAAAACAGCACUGGAAACCUCCCUCGGGAGCAGCCUGGGACUUUUGGACAAAAUCAGGGACGUGAUUAAACGAUACGUAUGCUGUCUGAAAAACCUGAAAAUAUUUCUGGACACUCAUGAACCGGACUGUGACGAACCCGGCUUGACGACAGACUAUUAAAACUCGGGCAAUAACUGUGUGAUAAUCAUUAACCGAGUUAUUUAUCGUUUAAAAUUUAUCUGUGUAACAUAUUUAAAACUAUAUUUGUUUCUUUUAUACAUUCUUUUAUACUAAAUUAGCACCAUGAUUAUGAAAUGACUUAAUAUAUUAUAUAUAU